UUUAAUUUUUCAGAAAGGUUGUAGAAAACCUUCUGAGCUUUGGGUGAGGCCGCAACGGGACUUGGGUCACCUCAGUUUCUUGCGCGAUCACGGAGGUUCAAGGCUCAACCCAAGAAAUUCUAAUCUGCAGCUAUUCGGAUGAUGUAUUCCGAGUUUCAGGUCAGAUUUUUGUGAACUCCAAAUUUACUGACUGCCCACCUUCUCUCUGCAUAUUUCGGCGACGGAAAGCUCGAAAUCGCGUUAAAUCUGCCUUUCUUUGUCGGUAUUUUUUAGCAGUCAGUUUAACGAGGGUUUGAGUAUAGUUCGCUGUAAGGUUGUUUUAGAUUCCUAUCUUCUGGGUUUUCGUUGGUUUUGUUUUUAUUUAAUCCUGUUAGCUGGAUUUGCAAUAUUAAUUGUGAACUAGUUUGUGUGAUGAAAUUAGGAGUUUCUGAGUUUUUUUCUGUCAAAUAUCGUGCUCUUGUAUUCAUCUGGGGUUUGUUGACUACUGAAACUAGCUUUUUAUUGUGGGUUUACGCUGCUUUGGGCCUUGAAAAGCGUAAUGUUCUGUUGAUCUGAUAAAGAACUAAGCUUGGACAUUGUUUCCUCCGUCAAAUCUCGUUUUAUUGGUUGGUUCGCUCAAAUUGUUUCUGGAUUUAUCAGUUAAAUCCCCUGUGUAUCUGCCUAAUACUUGAUCCAUUGAAGGUUGGACCUUUUUUUUCCUUAAGGAAGGGGUGUUUAUUGUUUAAUCCUACUCUCCAGUCUAGAACUAUCACCCUGCCGAUCAAAUAAUCUCUUUGGGUAAGUUCUUGCCACCGCAUCUUUCCGUCCUUCCCAUUGGUUUGGAAAUGAAGAAAACCAACUGGAUUCAUCUUAUAUCCAUUUCCUUGUGUCUCUUGUUCCUAUUCCAUCUGAUAUCUGCGGCUGAUCCAUACGUUCCAACGGACAAAAUCCUUUUGAAUUGUGGUUCUACAUCGGAAACAACAGAUACCGACGGCCAGAAAUGGACUGGCGAUGUUGGGUCCAAGUUCGCACCUUCAACGGCCAAUACGUUAAUCUCUACAGCUGCCACUCAAGGCCCAUCUGUCCCCGACGUCCCUUAUAUGACAGCAAGGAUAUUCCGCUCCGAAUUUACAUACACUUUUCCUGUUGCAUCUGGUCGGAAAUUCGUUCGUCUUUACUUCUAUCCAGCUUCUUAUAAUGGCCUCAAUGCCUCCAAUGCACUCUUCUCGGUCACUUCGGGACCCUAUACUCUUCUCAACAACUUCAGUGCUUCACAAACUGCGGAGGCUAUAAACUUUGCUGUCAUUUUUAAAGAGUUUUCUUUAAUUGCGGAGGAUGAGAGUUUGAAUAUCACAUUCAAGCCAUCGUCCAAUAUUUCCAAUGCCUAUGCAUUUGUUAAUGGGAUCCAGGUUUUGUCGAUGCCUGAUAUCUAUAAUGAUGCAAAUGGCGCCUUUCUUGUUGGUCUCAAUAGUCAAUUCCCUAUUGAUAACAGUACUGCCCUUGAGAAUGUUAUCCGGCUAAAUGUAGGUGGCAAUGACAUUCCACCAUCGGAGGAUACUGGUCUCUUACGGUCUUGGUAUGAUGAUAUGCCAUACAUCUUUAGUGCAGCUAUUGGCGUGACAGAUUUAACAGACCUUACAAUUCACUAUCCUUCAAAUGUCCCUAACUACACUGCGCCAAUGAAUGUUUAUGCUACUGCCAGAACUAUGGGACCAAAUGCAAGUGUCAAUGUGAAUUAUAAUCUGACAUGGAUUUUCCAGGUUGACCCAGGGUUUUCCUACCUGGUUAGGCUCCAUUUCUGUGAGAUCCAAUCUGUCAUAAAUAAGAUCAAUGAGAGGGUGUUUCAGAUCUUCAUCAAUAAUCAAACUGCUGACGAUGGUGCAGAUGUGGUUGGUUGGGCCAAUGGAAAUGGAAUUCCAACAUACAAAGAUUAUGUUGUGCUUGUUCCAAAAGGGAAUGUACAGCAGGACCUCUGGCUAGCAUUGCAUCCUGCUACGGUAUCAAAGCCCGUUUACUACGAUGCAAUCUUAAAUGGAGUGGAGAUCUUUAAAUUAAGUGAUCCCACUGGAAACCUUGCUGGACCCAAUCCAAUUCCUGCUCCAAGACAGGAUGUGAUUGACCCAUCUUUGGCUAGAUCUCCUUCUGGUAAUUCAAAGAAUCGGACUGCAAUCAUUGCUGGAGGUGUUGUAGGUGGUAUUGCUGCUGUUUGUAUUCUUUGCUUUCUUGUAUUUGCUGUAUACCGAAGGCAGAGGCAAAGGAAGUGCUCUGGUACCAGUGAUGCGCCAUCUGGGUGGCUCCCUAUUUCUCUCUAUGGAAAUUCACACUCUGCAGGGUCUGCCAAGACCAGCAAAACUACUGGAAGCUAUGCAUCCUCACUUCCUUCAAACCUUUGCCGCCACUUCUCCUUUGCUGAAAUCAAGGCUGCCACCAACAACUUUGAUGAGGCACUAUUGCUUGGUGUUGGUGGUUUUGGCAAGGUCUACAAGGGUGAAAUUGAUGGCGGGACGACUAAGGUUGCAAUCAAGCGUGGCAACCCAUUGUCCGAGCAGGGGGUCCAUGAAUUCCAGACAGAGAUUGAGAUGCUCUCAAAGCUCCGUCAUCGUCACCUUGUCUCACUGAUUGGCUACUGUGAGGAGAACUGUGAAAUGAUCCUUGUCUAUGAUUACAUGGCCCAUGGGACUCUCCGUGAACACCUCUACAAGACUCAAAAGCCACCCCUACUUUGGAAGCAGAGGCUUGAGAUCUGCAUUGGAGCUGCCCGUGGCCUGCACUACCUCCACACUGGUGCCAAGCACACCAUCAUCCACCGUGAUGUUAAGACGACAAACAUCCUCCUAGAUGAGAAAUGGGUUGCAAAGGUUUCAGAUUUUGGCUUGUCAAAGACAGGACCAACAUUGGAUCAUACUCAUGUCAGCACUGUUGUGAAGGGUAGCUUUGGAUAUUUGGAUCCAGAGUACUUCAGAAGGCAGCAAUUGACUGAGAAAUCAGAUGUUUACUCUUUUGGGGUUGUACUGUUUGAGAUCCUCUGUGCCCGUCCUGCAUUGAAUCCAACAUUGCCAAAGGAACAAGUCAGCUUGGCAGAGUGGGCCUUGCAUUGCCAGAAGAAGGGAAUCCUUGAUCAGAUCAUUGACCCAUAUCUUAAGGGAAAAAUUGCACCAGAAUGCUUCAAGAAGUUUGCGGAGACAGCAGAAAAAUGCGUGAGUGACCAGGGGAUUGACCGUCCAGCAAUGGGAGAUGUUCUCUGGAACCUUGAGUUUGCACUACAGCUGCAGGAGAGUGCAGAGAGUAGUGGGUUCAGUAGCGACUUGGGCACUGAGGAGACCACAUUCACUGGCAAAUGCAAGAAAGAUCCAGAUGCAUAUUCAGGUUUUGAGGGCAGCACGACAGAGUCUAAGAGCAGUGGAAUGACUAUGAGCAUUGGGGGCCAGAGUCUUGCAAGUGAGGAUUCUGAUGGGUUGACACCUAGUGCUGUUUUCUCACAGAUCAUGAACCCAAAGGGACGGUGAAACCCAAGCACCAGCUGCUACCUACAUUUAGUAGACACUAUGACCAACAACUGCCUUGCCUGUUCAGCAAAUUUGGGUUUCUCAUUCUUUUUACAUCUUGUUUUUGAGCGCUUUAUUUUUUAGAUAUGUUUUCAGCUUGUAUGUCGUAAUGCAUCUCAGCCAAAGCCUGCAAGAAUAAUGUAUCUGUACUUGCAAUACACUCUGUAAGUUUAAUAUAUGAAUUAAGUCAUGACAACUGCAAAAAUUAUCAGAAAUAGUUAAGACGACUGCAAAA